AUGGCCGCUGCUGCUUCCUCCUCGGCCGCCCUGCAGCAGAAUCUCGGCGAGUCCGAAGUGUUCGACCUCGUGUGCGACUACCUGCGCACGCGCCAGUUCUUCGCGGCCGAGCGCACGCUGCGCUCCGAGCGUGAGGCCACGAGCGCCAGUCCACCGCGCGCCGCGUCGCCCCACGAGCCGCCGCAGCUCAACGACGCACAGCUGCGGCCGUCGCCCGACGCGGCGCUGUCGUCGCGCCUCGAGGCGAUGCUCGAGCGCAGUUACGUCACGCAGCUCGUGUCGGGGUCGGGACGGACAGCGCCCGAGAAGAUCUUUGUGCCGCGCCACGAAGUCGACGCAGCGCCAAAGGGCGUACGCUCGCACUUGGACGGCAACGAGGCGCUCGCGGUCGACUGCGGCCGCCCUAACACUAUUAGUGGCCACGAUGGGCUCCAGAAGACAACGGACUACGCGGACGAGAGGGACGCGGAGUUUCGCUUAAGUACGCGUCUGGUCAGCUUUGACGCCUGCAGCGACGACCCGCACGGGUCGACGACGAUGCCGAUCUACCAGACGUCGACCUUCGCGCAACCUUCGGGCGACACGUUCGGCGCCUACGACUACACGCGCUCGGGCAACCCGACGCGCGCGGCGCUCGAGCGCCAGAUGGCAGAGCUCGAGCGCGGCCACCGCGCGUUCGCCUUCACCAGCGGCAUGGCCGCGCUCUCGGCCGUGUCCCGUCUCGCGCACGCCGGCGACGAGAUCGUGCUCUCGGACGACUCGUACGGCGGCACGUACCGCCUGCUGAGCAAAGUCGCGGCCAAGAACGGCAUCGGCGUCAAGUACGUGGACCUCUCGGGCGCGGACGGACAUAAGAACCUGCGCGCGGCGCUGUCGGAGCGCACAAAACUGGUCAUGAUGGAGUCGCCGACGAACCCGAUGCAGCGUAUCUGCGACAUUCGGCGCCUCGUGGACGCUGCACACGCUGUGGGCGCUCUGUUGUCUGUUGAUAACACGAUGAUGAGCCCCGUGCUGCAGAACCCGCUGACGUUAGGUGCGGACAUUGUCGUGCACUCGGCCACGAAGUUCGUGUGUGGCCACAGCGACACCAUGUCGGGCAUUGUCAUUGCCAAAGACCCGGAGCUCUGUCGCGACAUUUACUUUUACCAGAACGCCGAGGGCACGGGCCUCGCGCCGUUCGACUGCUGGCUGCUGCUCCGUGGCAUUAAGACCAUGAGUCUGCGCGUGCUGGCGGCGCAGAAGAACGCCGUCAAGGUCGCCAACUUUCUGAACGACCAUCCGCUCAUUCAGGCAGUGCACUACACGAACCUACUGGACGAGCACUCGCCUGACCGGAAGAUCCACGACUCGCAAGCUCGCGGGUGUGGCUCCGUGGUGUGUUUCCGCACCGGAUCGCUCGCUUUUUCACAGCAUCUGCUGACCGUGACGAAGCUGUUCAAGAUCACAGUGAGCUUUGGCAGUGUGAAUUCGCUGAUCUCGCUGCCCGGUGCCAUGUCGCACGCCAGUAUCCCGGAGGAGGUGCGCAAGGCUCGCUCGUUCCCCGAAGACCUCGUGCGUCUGUCCAUCGGCGUCGAGGACGCGGAGGAUCUCAUUAAGGACCUCUCGCAGGCUCUGCAGUCGUAUGUGCCUGUUCAAGUGACGAAGUGA